CUAUAUCGCGUCGCUGUCGUGGCCGUUCCAUGACAGUCGUGGUGAAGAAACAGUGGAACAUUGUUGUGCCGAGUAACUAUACUAUUCAGUUCAUUGGUAAUUGCUUUCUCAGGAUCGUUCACGGUUCUUCACGUUACUACUCGCGGUAAUGAUGAAGAAACUUUUCGUAUUGAUUGUGGGAUUAUUCUUGUUGGCGGGAUUUGUCCGGGCUGAGGAUGAAAUUGAGGAGAACAUUGGUACUGUGGAAAAUGAUCUUGGUGCCAGCCGUGAUGCAUCGCGAACAGAUCAUGAAGCAGUAGAAAGAGAAGAGGAAGCAAUAAAGAUUGAUGGUUUAAAUACCGCUCAGGUAAAAGAAUUACGAGAAAAGGCUGAAAAAUUUGUGUUCCAGACUGAGGUUAAUCGUAUGAUGAAACUUAUUAUUAAUUCUCUGUAUCGUAACAAAGAAAUUUAUCUCAGAGAAUUGAUCUCAAAUGCGUCCGAUGCACUGGACAAAAUCAGACUAUUGUCUCUCACUGAUAAAAGUGUCUUAGAUACCAACAUUGAAUUGGCCAUCAGAAUAAAAGCAGACAAAGAGAACAAAGUAUUGCAUAUAAUGGAUUCUGGUAUUGGCAUGACAAAGCAAGAUUUAGUGAAUAAUCUUGGAACUAUCGCCAAAUCUGGUACAGCCGAGUUCCUAGGAAAAAUGCAAGAAGUUACAAACACUCAGGACAUGAAUGAUAUGAUUGGUCAAUUUGGCGUAGGCUUUUAUUCUGCAUAUUUAGUUGCAAAUGUUGUUGUUGUUACCACCAAACAUAAUGAUGAUAAGCAAUAUAUUUGGGAAUCUGAUAGUUCUAACUAUAGCAUUGUUGAAGAUCCACGAGGAGAUACUUUGAAGAGAGGAACAACUGUAAGUUUACAUUUGAAAGAAGAAGCAUCAGAUUUUUUAGAACCUGAUACAAUCAAGACUUUAGUAAAAAAAUAUUCGCAAUUCAUUAACUUCCCGAUAUAUUUGUGGAAUAGCAAAGUUAUACAAGUUGAUGCAAAAGAAGUUGAAGAGGAUAAGCCUAUGAAGGAAGAUUUGGAGAAAGAUGAUGUCGCUGACAAAGAUGAGGAGGGAGAGGAUGACGCAAAAGUAGAAGAGGAUGCAGAUGAAAAGAAGCUUAAAAAAGUGGACAAGACUGUAUGGGACUGGGAAUUAUUAAACGAUUCAAAACCAAUUUGGACAUUAAAACCGAAUGAUGUCGAUGAAAAGGAAUAUGUUGAAUUUUACAAGACACUCACUAAAGAUAGCCAGGAACCUUUAGCGAAGACACAUUUCGUUGCAGAGGGUGAAGUCACAUUUAAGUCUGUCCUCUUCAUUCCGAAGGUUCAACCGAAUGACAGCUUUAAUCGUUAUGGUACAAAGUCCGACAACAUUAAAUUGUAUGUUAGACGAGUCUUUAUCACUGAUAAAUUUACUGAUAUGAUGCCAAAUUAUUUAUCCUUUAUUCGUGGUAUCGUGGAUAGCGAUGAUCUGCCACUCAAUGUUUCACGUGAGAAUCUCCAGCAGCAUAAGUUAAUUAAGGUUAUCAAGAAGAAACUUAUCAGAAAAGUACUGGAUAUGAUCAAAAAGAUCCCUAAAGAAGAUUAUCAGAAGUUUUGGAAGGAAUACAGCACAAAUAUCAAGUUAGGCAUAAUUGAGGAUCCUCAGAAUCGUGCGAGAUUGUCUAAAAUGUUACAAUUCCAUUCUUCAACGCAGAAGGAAAUGACCUCCCUGCCUGAAUAUGUCUCCCGUAUGAAGCCUAACCAACAACAUAUUUAUUAUAUUGCCGGCUCAUCCGAGGAUGAAGUGAAGAAAUCUCCAUUCGUCGAACGUCUGGACAAGAAGGGUUAUGAAGUGUUAUAUUUAACAGAAGCUGUGGAUGAGUAUGCGAUAUCAGCGUUGCCAGAGUUCGAUGGUAAGAAGUUUCAGAAUGUAGCUAAGGAGGGUUUUACAUUGGAUGAAGGCGAACAGGCAAAGGAACGAAUGGAGCAAUUAAAGACGACAUUUGAACCUCUGAUCAAAUGGUUAAGUGAUAUUUUGAAGGAUUAUAUUAGCAAAGCACAAGUGUCCGAGCGUCUAACUGAUUCACCUUGUGCUUUGGUUGCCAGUAUGUUCGGCUGGACUGGCAAUAUGGAACGCUUGGCAAUCUCUAAUGCACAUCAAAAGACCGAUGAUCCGCAGAAGAGCUAUUAUAUGAAUCAAAAGAAAACGCUGGAAAUUAACCCGAGGCAUCCACUCAUCAGAGAAUUGUUGCGCAGAGUUGAGAUUGACUCAUCUGAUCAGACGGCCAAAGACAUAGCACUAAUGAUGUUCCGUACGGCAACUUUGCGAUCGGGCUACAUGCUUCGAGAGACUGCCAGUUUUGCAGACAGUGUAGAACAACUAAUGAGAAAGAGCUUGGGCAUCUCUCUUGAUGAGGUACCAGAGGAGGAGGAAAUGCAAGAGGAGGAAUUAACAAGCGAGACAGACAAGGUAUCAGAUGUUGAUGUGGAGGACAAAAAAGAUGAUGAUGAAGAGGGAGAGGAACAGCAUGACGAGUUGUAAUAAUGUAAUAAAGUAAUAUAAAACUCAUUCGAAAGACUUGUUCUAGAGGUGUAGCUAUACAAUGUAUAGUUACCUUAAGUUUUCUCAAAGUGCAACCUUUAUUGUCAAAUUUAUAAACAAUUUAGAUGUAUAUAUAACUUCAUAAGUAUGAUAAUUGAAUCAUGAAUAUUUUCGUAAUUGUCAGUGCUGUUAAAGAAAGCGAAAUUAAAUUCACUUUCUAUACGAAACACCAUUAACCGCGGUAUUGUUAAAUCAUGUCAUCGAUAUUUAAUUGUAGAUUUUGAAAAGAUUUAAAUUUAUUAUAUAUUUUCAUUUUGAUCUUCCAUAUCUUUUUAGUAACGUGAAAAAAGUACUGACUGAGCGUUACUGACGUAUGAUAUGUUUGUAAUAUGUGUGAAUGUGUUUGUACAUGAAAACAUACAAAUUAUAUUAAAAUAAAAUAAUCUAUUAUUAUUAGUAUGUA